AAAGUUGGACUUUAAUAGGAAAUUUCAAGUUGCACAGCUAAAAGCUGCAGAUUGUAGAAAGUUUCUGUGAAAGAACUGUGGUUACUUGAUACUGUAAACGGCUCGUUAAAUAAUUAAAACGAAAAGUGUGCUUUUCGAAUCUACUACAAUGAGUGUGAUAUUUGUUAUCAAUGGAACGUUGUACGAAGUCAAUUCGUCAACUGUUCCCAUUGACACGAGCUUGAACACUUUCAUUCGAACAAAAGCGGAAUUAAGUGGAACGAAAUUCAUGUGCUUAGAAGGUGGUUGCGGAGCGUGUGUAGUGUCGGUUACAGGAAUUCAUCCAGUUACUAAAGAAGAAAAGACCUGGGCCGUGAAUUCCUGUCUGUUUCCAGUAUUUGCAUGCCAUGGUAUGAGUAUAACAACAGUCGAAGGAAUAGGUAAUAGAAAAGAUGGAUACCAUCUAAUUCAGCAGAGGUUGGCUUACCUUAAUGGUACUCAGUGCGGCUAUUGUACUCCCGGCAUGGUUAUGAAUAUGUACAGUUUGUUGGAAUCGAAAAACGGUAAGGUUUCGAUGGAAGAAGUGGAGAAUUCAUUCGGUGGAAAUAUAUGUCGUUGUACCGGCUACCGACCUAUACUGGAUGCAUUUAAAACGUUUUGCUAUGAUGCCGAUAAGAAGCUGAUGGAUGCUUGUGUGGAUAUUGAAGAUUUGAAGAUAUGUUCCAAAACAGGCAGUCCGUGCGCUGGCCUUUGCCAUAAAACGUCGUCGGAAAAAUUGUUGAAUAUUUCAUUCAAUGACGAAAGACAGUGGUACAAGGUCGCUAGCAUCGACCAAGUUUUUUCAAUCUUCGAAAAAUUGACUAACGAACCAUAUAUGCUAGUCGCAGGAAACACAGCACAUGGAGUGUAUCGUCGAAAUGAGAACAUACAAGUAUUUAUUGAGCUAAACGGUGUUGAGGCACUGCGAUCACAUUCCAUUGGUAAUGAUAAUGUUACGCUUGGCGCAAAUAUGAGUCUUACCGAAACAAUGGAAGUUUUGAAGAAAGCGUCUUGUCGCUCCGGUUUUCAUUACCUCAAGUAUUUUGUGGACCACAUUGACUUGAUUGCAAACGUUCCAGUUCGAAACGUUGGAACUAUCGCAGGAAAUUUGAGUAUUAAACAUCAGAACGUUGAAUUUCCAUCCGAUUUGUUCUUGAUUUUGGAAACUGUGGGCGCUAAACUGAAGAUAGCAGAAAGUGCUACGAAAUACAGUACCGUUUCUGUGGCAGAGUACCUAAAUGUGGACAUGCGUCAUAAAAUAAUUUUGAAUGUAGUGUUGCCGUUACUCGACCAGAAAGAGUACACCUUCAGAUCGUACAAAAUAAUGCCGCGUUCUCAAAACGCUCAUGCCUAUGUAAAUGCAGCUUUUCUGUUGAAACUGAAUGGUGGCAAAAUUUUGUCGGCUCGCUUAUGUUUCGGCGGCAUUAAUCCUCAGUUCAUCCAUGCCACUGAAACGGAACAGCUCCUGAUUGGAAAAGAUUUACAUACGAACGAAACAAUACAAGAAGCGGCCUACUCACUAUCAACCGAAUUAAAUCCAGAUUGGGUUCUCCCCGACGCAACACCGGAAUAUAGGCGAAAUUUGGCCGUAUCCCUGUUUUACAAAUUCGUGAUCGGCACAUGUCCCUCAUACAUUGUUAAGCCCGAGUAUGUGAGCGGUGCCGGAAUUUUGAAGCGUCCUGUGUCACACGGAACACAAGAGUAUGAUUCAAACAAAGAUAAAUAUCCGUUAACCCAAAACGUUCCGAAGUAUGAAGGAUUGAUUCAAUGCUCUGGUGAACUGGAAUAUAUAAACGAUUUGCUUCCGUUGAAGAAUGAACUUUGGGCAGCCUUUGUUCAAGCCACCGAAAUACAUUCGACCGUCGAAAGUAUUGAUGUAUCAGAUGCAAUGAGCAUUUCAGGCGUACGACACUUUUUCUCUGCGAAAGACAUACCCGGAGUGAAUAAUUUCAUGCCACCGUCGGUGAUUGAAUUUAUGGGUCCAGCAGAAGUUGAAGAGACAUUCUUGAGCGCUAACAAUCCGGUUUUGUAUUAUGGGCAACCAGUUGGCAUUAUACUUGCUGAUUCGUUUCAAAUUGCUAAUCAGGCCGCAAAGAGAGUAAAAAUUUCUUACAACCCCAGAGAGGACAACAAGCAAAUAAUCACGACUCUUCAUGACGCUCAUGAGAAGAAGGCUGCUAACCGAUACAGGCCUAUACCACCAUGUAAAAUAACACCAAAAAUAACUGAUGUCGACACCAGUAACUGUAAGAAAGUUGUUGGAACUUUGGACCUGGGCACCCAAUACCAUUUCACGAUGGAACCACAAACAACAAUUUGUUUACCAGCCGAAGAUGGUAUUACGGUUAUGUGUGCUACACAAUGGGUGGAAUUCAUUCAAGUAGCUGUGGCCACUACUCUCAAUAUUCGAAGUAAUGAUGUUAACAUGCAAUUGAGACGUAUUGGUGGUGGAUAUGGUGCUAAGGCUAGUAGAUCUGCCCAAGUUGCAUGCGCAUGCGCUGUUGCUUGUAAGCUUACCAAUCGUCCAGUUAGAUUCGUUUUGACAAUGGAAGCGAAUAUGGAAACUGUCGGGAAGCGACUUGCAUUGCUAAGCGAAUACGACAUCGAUGUUGAUGAUGAUGGAAAGAUAAUGAAAAUGACGAAUCAAUUCGCUCAAGAUUUCGGAUGUUCGUUGAACGAAAAAGUGAUAUUCACCACUGUUCAGCACAUGACGAACUGCUAUUCAGUCGAUACGUGGAAUGUGUCAUGCAUGAUGGCUGUUACCGAUUCACCAAGUCAUACUUUCUGCAGAGCGCCAGGCUCUACGGAAGGUAUAGCGAUGACAGAGACCAUUAUGGAGCACAUUAGUCGAGUAACUGGUAAAGACCCGUUGUCCGUUCGGUUAGCCAACAUGCCGGAAAAACAUCAAAUGAGAACGAUGCUGCCAAAUUUCCUUGAGGAUAUCGGUUUCUAUGCUCGCAAAGCUGAAAUCGACGAGUUCAAUCGUAACAAUCGGUGGCGUAAACGUGGUAUUUCGUUUGUGCCAAUGGAUUAUCAUCUGCACUACUUCGGUAUGUAUCCCGUGUUUGUGGCCAUUUACAGUGACGAUGGUUCGGUUGCUAUCACUCACGGUGGUAUCGAAAUGGGUCAAGGUAUAAAUACUAAGGUGGCCCAAGUUGCCGCCCAUAUUUUGCAAAUUCCAAUGAGUUUGGUUAGCAUCAAAAGAAUGGACAACGUAGUGGCUGCUAAUGGUUUUCUCACGGCGAUAAGCAUUGCGAGCGAAGCCGUAUGCUUUGGAGUCAAGAAAGCUUGCGAGGAAUUGUUGGAACGAAUGCGGCCGGUACGGGAACAACUCGGAAAUCCUGAAUGGAAACCGCUAGUACGAGAAUGUCAUCGUAAAAUGAUCGAUUUGAGUUGUAAAUCGACGUUCCACAAGGACGAGGUUAAAGAGUAUUCCAUUUAUGGAUGCAGCUGUGCCGAAGUUGAAGUAGAUUUGUUAACUGGAAACGUCCAAUUGAAACGGGUUGAUAUACUGGAGGAUACUGGCGAGAGUAUGAGUCCUGGCAUAGAUGUGGGUCAGGUGGAAGGGUCAUUUGUUAUGGGCCUUGGUUACUGGUUGAGUGAGAACAUAAUUUACGGUACAGAAAAGGGCGAAUUACUAACGAACCGCUCAUGGUCAUAUAAACCGCCCGGUGCAAAAGACAUCCCCGUUGAUUUUCGUGUCAAGUUCUUGAGGAACAGCUCAAACACAUGCGGAGUCUUGCGGUCGAAAUCAACCGGCGAGCCGCCUUUAUGUAUGGCCAUCGUUGCAAUUUUCGCUCUAAGAUACGCAAUAGAAUCGGGGCGAAGGGAUGCUGGACUUCAAGACGAAUGGUUUCAUUUGGGUGCUCCAUCAACACCGGAAGUAAUUUUCUUGAGUGCUGGUAACUCAAUCGAUAACUAUCGACUUAAUUAGGCUUACAGACACUUCCACACAUAUCGUUGCAUUAAUAGAAAUUCA